AAAAGUUUUCGAACCGGUAUUCGUUUCAAAGUUUUUUUUUUAAAGAAUCUAAUCAGAAAUUAAUUAAUUUAAUUGGAGAAGUAGAUCCGCUUAACAAGUAUUAUCCGGCAGACCAGCUGGUAUAAUCGGUCAAAAGAAUUGGUAAUUUAAGUGGUACAACCAGUGUCUACAUGUCAAUUCAACUUGACAAAACUAAAAAUCCGUUUUACUGCGUUUCGUUCAAAGUGUCAUACCCCAGUUGUUCAUGUACACUGCGAAUUUUGUUGCAAUAAAAACCAUUAAAUGUGAUUAAAUUGUAAUUAGUACGAGGUGUUUGACGACAAAAAGUGUAAGAAUCGAUUCUUUAAUAUUACGGGCAUUGAAUGUAAGUUGAAUAUGAAAAUUUGAACACUUUUUGAUGGUAGAAAACUUGCGAAAAAAUCUGUUAUGUCCUAAUAAAUUUCAAUCGGGUUUUGUGUUCAUCAAUCGUACGAAAUCCUCCAUCACCGAAAAUUUCUAACAAAAUUUUUAUAAAAUAUCCAUCAACAUGACCUUGUGGCAAGAAAUUCAUGGCGGUUAUCGAUAAAAUCAAGCCAACAUUAGUUUCCCUACACAUUGGGGGGUCGGGAGAGUUCCCGUACCCCCUACAAGUGAUUUGCUUGCUACGAUUAGUAUGUUCGAGCAGCAAAUCAAAGCCGAACCGAUGGGAUUUUAUUCAACGUGUCCUCCACCACCACAAAUGCUACAAGCACUUCAACCACAACGAUCUGACAGCAAUGAUCAACAGCAACAACAAUCAGUUAUUAUCAAUGAUAAAGACAUGCAACCUCAGCCAUUAAUUGUGCAAAAUCAUGGAAUGGAUUGGCGAACUAGACUUCCGGAUAGUAAUGAUCAAAACAAUGAUGAGCCACAACCUCCAGAUACGCCAAUGUCAACCGUAUCGGAUGCAACUAAACAAGAAAUACAAAGCGCACACGGAAUGCCUCAUUCUCUGUCUUCACAAUCUAGUACUGGCCAUUCACGAAGCAAACCACAAGCUUGUAAAGUUUGUGGAAAAAUGCUAUCGUCAGCUAGCAGUUAUUACGUUCAUAUGAAAUUGCACUCAGGAACAAAGCCGUUUCAAUGUACGGUGUGCGAAGCCGCCUUCUGUCGUAAACCAUAUUUAGAAGUUCAUAUGCGAACGCAUACUGGGGAGCGGCCGUUCCAAUGUGAUUUGUGUAUGAAACGAUUCAGUCAAAAGUCAUCCCUAAAUACUCACAAAAGGAUUCACACAGGUUAUUGGAGCAUGCACAAACCGUUCCAGUGCUCACAGUGCAAUGCAGCAUUCUGCCGGAAACCCUACCUGGACAUCCAUAUGCGAAUACAUACAGGCGAAAGGCCUUUUUCUUGUGAUAUAUGCCUAAAGCGCUUUACGCAGAAGUCUACGCUUAAUAUACACAAGCGAAUUCAUACUGGAGCGGCAGUUCUUCAAAAACAAAAACAAAACCAAAAUCAUUCUCAAUCAUCACCAAAAUUUGGCAAUGCUAUCUAUCAAAUGUUUGCAAAUGUGGACCCAAAGUAUAUAAAAAAGCACUUUCAGGAAAGGCCUUUCCAGUGUGAACAGUGUCCGGCUGCAUUUUCGCGAAAGCCUUAUCUCGACAUACAUUUACGGACCCAUACUGGCGAACGUCCUUUCGGUUGUGAUGUAUGUCUAAAACGCUUUACGCAGAAGUCUUCACUUAACAUCCAUAAAACUAUACAUACCGUCGGUAAUAGGCCUUUCCAGUGUGACCAAUGCCCGGCGUCGUUCUGCAGGAAGCCCUACCUCGAUAUCCAUAGAAGAACUCACACAGGAGAGCGUCCUUACGGUUGUGAAAUUUGUCAAAAACGUUUUUCGCAGAGGUCCACGUUAAACAUACACAAAAGAAUCCAUACAGGACAUAGACCGUUCCAGUGUGCCACCUGCUUAAAAUCCUUCUCACAGAAGUGUGCCCUUAAUUUGCAUAUGCUCAGUCAUACUGCCGUGCAAGGACGUCCCUUCCAGUGCUUGCAAUGUCCGGCGGCGUUCUGCCGAAAACCGUACCUUGAUAUCCACAUGCGAAUGCAUACUGGCGAGCGUCCGUUCCAAUGUGAUUUGUGUAUGAAACGAUUUACCCAGAAGUCUUCUCUAAAUAUACACAAACGAAUACACACAGGUGAACGACCAUAUGCGUGCGAUAUUUGUCACAAAACGUUUGCAGUCAAAAGCUACGUAACUGCCCAUAGAUGGUCGCAUGUGUCGGAAAAACCAUUAAGCUGUGAUCGUUGUUCCAUGACAUUUACUAGUAAAUCUCAAUUUGCUGUUCAUAUUCGCACCCACUCUGCCGGACAGAAUUAUGAGUGUAACGUAUGCGGACGAACGUUUAUUAGAGACAGCUAUUUAAUAAGACAUCAUAAUCGUGUGCAUCGUGAGAAUCGAACCACCGAGAACAGCAUUGCGACAAUAAAUAGUGUUGCUUCCGGGGAAAUUCUCAGUGGAAAUACAUCCGAAGCGGGCGACGUUUAUGAUUCGAGCAAUGCACAGGUGUGCGAUCUAAGAUAUGUAAAUAAUCUGCAACAAAUGAAUACAUCACCGGCGGUAUCACAAAUGUCUUCGCCCGGAUUGCCCGGUGAUCGUGCCAUCAACAAUAUGAAUAAUAAUGAUCGUAACGCCGGUAUGAACGGACAGGAGAGCAACAAUCGUGGUGUAAAUAGUCAGGAUAACAGAAACGGUAUAGCAUUGAAUAGCAACGAUCGCGGCAACGGCAGCAUACUGAAUUUGAACGAACGUGAUCGCAGUACGAUGAGCGAUGCCAGCGGCAUUGUGCUGAACGAUCGACUGAUGCAGGAACGUAAUCGGGCGUUGCAAGAGCGUGCUAUACAGGAACGUGUGCUGCAAGAGCGUGCCAUCCAUGAACGAGCAUUUCAGGAGCGAGCCUUACACGAACGUGCCCUCCAAGAGCGUGCGAUACAGGACCGUGUGCUAACCGAUCGUUUGGCCCAAGAACGGUCGGCACACGAUCGUUCGUUGCAUCCGCCAUUAAUAAUACCAGGUCACGUAUUGCCUCACGAACGAAUAGAAAAAAGUGUUUUACCAGGUACGAUUGCUAGUCCACCAGUCUGAUUAUUAAUUCAGAUCCAGAUUACCUCUUUUCUAAUAAUAUGAAGAUGAAAAACAAAAACCACAAAAAAAUCAAUUUUAUCAUUUCACUUAAACAUAUAAUUAAGUAACAAGCAGACAAGCAAAAAAGAAAACAAUUUUUUAUGAAUAUGCACUAUUACCAUAACAACACCCACAUCCAAUGUAUUAAUUUGAAAUUAAUUUGAUCAAAAAGAAAGGUUUGAUUCGAAGUUUUGUUAACUUUUUGUUAGAGUUACGAUACGAGAAACAUUUUUGUUGAAAAGAAUUUUUGUUUUGUUUAAAAAGUCGGACUCGUAUGUACAGCCAUACCGAACAAAAUCGUUUGUCGAAAUAGAAAAUUGAGUCGGUGUUCCGCAUAGAUCGUUUCUUAUGUGCUCUAAUUUGAUCUGUGGUGUCUUUACAGGUUUAAAAUUGUGUUCUUAACACCACCAUUGAAUCAAGAGACCGUUUGUGACAAAAAAUGUUCCAAAUCUAAAUUGUUAAAAUAUUGAGCCAUUAAACAAUCUCAUAAAGCUGUUGUGUCGCCACAUACACAAAACUAAACGAACAAAUUUCUUGUAAUACUCUGAAGAUUUUAAAGAACUGUACUAGGCAGUACAACAUUUUAGUUCCAUUUAUAAUCCGGUGAUCGGACAAUAAUAUUGCGGUCGUACGAGUCACUUAUUGAAAUGUAUUUAUCUAAGGUCUUCUCUCUUAUUCGUUUUUUUUUAUUAUUAUUAAUUCAAAAUUGAUCAAUCUUCCACGAUGGAUGUGGAUUUGUUUUGAUGAGAUUUUUUAUAAAUUUUCCAAAUAAAGAAAAAACGAAAAUUGUCAUCCAUACAAACCACAUGCUCGAUUGUUGUGUUUAAUUUAUUUAAGUUAUUUAUUUAGCACAGACAAAUUAGUGUCUCAAUACCUUUGGUGUCUGGUUUCAAUUUGAUUGAAAAUGUGUUACAUUCAGAUAUUAGCGGGAGAAAGUUCUCGUUUCAAAAGUCAUUCUCGUUAUACGGUGUGUCAUUGCUCAGUCCAGAAACGACGAUCUAGAAGUGAAAAAUCAUUUUUGCCUACAUCGAGUACUUUGAGAGGCCAGAGAUUCUGUUUAGGCAACGUUCAACGCCAUUUAAAUCAUUGAAUAUCAUAGAUAUAUGAUUGCAUCCCACUUCCAUAUUUUUUUUUACAUUGUGUGCCAUAUAAGCGUUUUUUUGUUCCUUAUAGUUUGUAAUAUUGAAAAUAAAUUAGUGUUUCCAUAACGAAAUGUUCCCGGAUGGUACAGAGAACGCCUAAACAGAGAACUUAGCGAAAAUUGGACUUUAUGAAAAAGCAAUUCGUUCUUUCAAUUUGAAUGAAUAAAUUUUCUGCCAUUUAGAAAUGAUUUUUUUUAACAGUUGAGAAAAAAGCCAACUUCUCAUCGCAGACAAACCUUGGGUAAGACAAAUUUUGUGUCCCUUUUACAUAGACGAAAAGUGAGAAAUUGAGUUUUCUUGGGUGUCACAACUUCGACGCUCAUUUCAGACACACUAUAAACAAAACGUUGUUCCUAACUUAUGCGAAGAGGCGUUUUUAGCGAACUCGUUUCCAGAACUCGCCUCCGGCUCGUUCGCUAAAAAAGCCUCCGAAGGACGAAGGUUUGCUUCCGAGAAAUCCUUACACCUACUGACAUCUUGACAUGAUAAUUGUGAUUGUGAUGAUUAAUUGGUCUGUGUUUUGGUCUGUUCAUUAUUUUUUUUACCCCUUCUUACUCAUUCAUUUUUAAUUUUCGAGUCACACUUAUACAAAAUGCACAUACACAGAGAGAUUUUAUCAUUUGUAGCUCUUCGGAAUGAAGAGCGCGUUUAGCUAACAAACCAUUAUAUUAUCCUAUUCACCGAAUGAACAAAAAGAAAAAUGUUAAAAUAAAAACAAAAAAUGAAGAAAACAAAAUACAGAAAAACAUAUUUAAACUUAAAAAUAAAAAUAUUUUUAGAAAAGAAAUUUUUAAAUUAUUUUAUCAUUUUGUACAUAGAGUUUAGACAUUGUUUGAGUUUUUGUAGAAAGUUUAAACAUAAACAAAAGAUGAAACAUAAAAAAUUAAAAAAAAAUGAUAAUAAUUUUGUGAAUAAAAAAGAGAAAUGUAAAAUGAAGAAUGACGAUAAUGGAAACCCAGUGAAUGGAUUUUUUUUUGUUUAUUACACGCUCUUUUUAUGUUAAAAUUUUUUUUGUUUUGUUAAAAAAAAUUUAAUAUGAAAAAGAAAACAAUCCAAAAUCCAAUAAGGAAUCAUUAUGAUCCCAAUGUCUCGAGAUUUGUUUUAUGUUAUUUUAAAAAUGAAUAAUCAAAUCAAAAAGUAAAUAGAAGCAACAAGAAAAAAAAAUAAUUAAUUAUAUUUCGUACUCUUUAAUGUAUUUUUAGAUUAUCACUAUUAAGAUUGGACAUAAUUAAAAGAUAAAAAAAAA